AUGAGAGCAAGCUUUGCUACGAGGUCGCCAGAACCGUCGAGAGACUCAGAACCAGCUAAACCUGGGAUGGAAGAGGACAAGUUCAGACAUGAUCCCCUGGACCUCCGGCGACAUGCAUUUCGGCUGGUAUGCCUCCAGAGAGGCACGGCAUCCGAGAUUAAGUGUGAGCUCAUCCACACAACGCUCGAUGGAAACGUCAUCCCUUACGAGGCUGUGUCAUACACAUGGGGCUCGGCAGUAAAGACGGACAGCGUCGACAUCCAGGGCACGAGAUUGCGCGUUACGCUGAACCUAUGGAACAUACUUCAUGGCUUGCGACACUCGGAAACAGACCGCUAUCUGUGGAUCGACGCCAUCAGCAUCAACCAGGACGAUCCCCACGAGCGAGGGCACCAAGUCCAGCAGAUGGGACACAUUUACAGCGGCGCUGAACGUGUUAUUUUCUGUCUGGGAAGACCAACAGACACUUCUCAUACUGCUAUGAGUACUCUAGCUGAGUUACAGAAGGAAGUGUCCGGUAAUCGUUGGGCACGAGAAGACAAGCGGUGGGAUACAGCUUGGGAGACAGUACGGGCCAGACUCCGGGACCGGCACUACGAUUUAAGCCACAGGCAACGCCUGGGUAUGAAUUACAUCUUAGAAGGUCCUGGUUUCGCAGAGUAUGGGUCUUGCAAGAAGUGGCCAACGCUCGCACCGCCUUGGUUUACUGCGGCACCGAUUGCGUCUCGGCACGAGUCGGUCCUUGACAUGAUGCCGAAAUCAUCCACAAGCGUAUUGGGUUGGAUCCAAGACCGCAGUCUCUACUCCCUUCUCAGAAGAUUCUCAGGCUCAGAGGCAACCGACGAACGCGAUCGGGUAUAUGCAUUGAUUGGGCUAUGCACACCGCCAAGUUCUCUGUCGGUGGACUACACGAAAUCCGUCACAGAUGUCAUUGGCGACACGAUGGUGAACAUGUUCCCUACGAAGAUAUGGGGUCUACCGAAAACUCCUAUCUACCUGAUGGACAACUUCUUGGCUUACCUGGAGAGCAUCGACUCCGAUCUUCUCCUUUCUCAUAUAAGGUCAUCAAACACGAAAAUGGUACAGUCACUUCUAAGGUCGCGCGAUUAUAUCAGGAUCACUAGUGAGAUGGCAUCGGCCGCCGCGGUGGAUGAGACACAAGGCAAGGAGAUGAUUGCGAUUCUUCAGCUGCAUGGGAAUAGGAUAGAAGUCACCAGUGACGUUCUGCAAUCUAUAAAAGGGAACCAGAACCAAGGAAAGAAGAUCAUGGAAUUCCUCAUUCAGCGACAGGGCAUGGAAGCUACCUUCACAGACCUGUCUAUCCUUCGGGAGACUUUGCUAUGGACGGCCGCGGAUGGCCAUGACAUGAUCCUUGGCCUAUUGCUGGAUGAAGGCUCAGACGUUGAGACACAGGAUAGAACAUUUGAACGAACCAUGCUCGCACAGGCAGCAGCCAAUGGGCACUUCGACGCUGUGCGUACUUUGCUGGAUGCAGGUGCUUAUAUUGACUCCAGGGAUUUAAAUCAGAGGACACCAUCGUGGUUGGCAGCAGCAAACCGCCAUGAAGCCGUACUUCUCCUGCUGCUGGAUCAUGGUGCGGACAUCGAUGUCUGGGAUAUUCUGGGCGAAACAGCCUUGUGCUGCGCAGCAAGAACAGAGAAUGAGAGAAUGGUCCACUUGCUGGAGGAAGAGGGUGCCGCAAUAGAAGCUGUGUUUUCUUAUGACCAUGGUCUGGGAUACAGAACAGCUCGGGAUGGGUAUCGGCAACCCGUCAGCCUCUCGAUGGACGAUGGCACCCGCAUGAAUGUUAGGACAGAUCAUACCUGGACGCCGCUAUGGAAGGCAGCAGCGAGCCACAACGAAGCUGUCGUCCAGCUACUGCUGGCAAGGGGUGCACACAUCGAUGCCAUGAAUGGCGUUGGGCCUACACCUCUAUCGAUGGCAGCCGGGGAUAGUGACGAGACAAUUGUUCGGCUCCUACUCGACAAACGUGCGAAUAUCGAGGCGAAGGACGGUUUUUUUGGCUUCACACCGUUGUCAUGGGCAGUGAGGGAAGAGCGAUCUGCGGUCGUGCAGUUGCUGCUGGACAGGGGCGCUGAUCCGGGAGUAAUCGGUAGUACGUCACCGGUGCAGCUAGCAUUGGAGAGUAACGAUUUGGAUGUCAGACGUCUAUUUGGGUUGGAACGCCGAAAAGGAUCCAGCCAUCAGUCUAGUAGACGGCCUAGGCGGUAG